AAAAGUGCGCGCAUUCGCUGGCCUAACUCGACCGCCCUUUAAAAGUUAAAUAUUUUGAGAAACAAUAAAAAUUUCUACAAAAACUUUGAGUGCAGUGAAAAGGGGAGAAAGAAGCAGUAAACCACAGCGGCGGCAAGGCUUCAUUAUAACCGUUUGUGUGUAAUUUAUGAAAAAAAAUUAAAUAAAAUAAAAUAAAAGUAAAACAACAAAGGAUAUUAGAGCAGUGCAAGCGCAGCUGUUGAACAGUGUUGUUUCUGUUGUUUUUUUUUUUCAUGUGAAAAAUUAAAGUUCGGUUGCUAUUGAAGUUCUGCGAAACGAGCGCAGCGAAAUUAAUGUAAAAAUUUUAUGUUAAGUGUAAAAAACGAGCGAAAAAUAAAUUCUAAAAACAAAGCAAGCAAAGCAGCGCAGCACAGCAGCAGUUGCAGUUGUAAUUGAAUUUGUGUGGUAGUCUUUGGCAUCAGCAGCAGUUGCAGCCGCAUUCCCUACAGUCGCUGCAUAAAAUAUAGAAGGAAAAGAAGCAAUAUUGCCUGCAACAGCAAUGCAGUUGGACGCCUUUCGAGCAACCGACAAGCGACGCAUUUGAUAUGCAUAUAAGCCCUCUGACAGCCAAAAUGCGGCGGUGCCACAGUUGAUUUUUAGAUGAGCCCAAUAGACAAGCGGAAAACACCAGGCAUAAAGUAAAUUGCAACUGCAAAUGUUCAAUUGAGCAACCGGCGCUGCCAAUCCGAAAUAGCCACAAGCUCUGCGAACGUUCGGCGCCUAAAUUAGGUUUGAUAUGUAACAAUGUCGGUGGUGACGCUAGAAUUGCAUUGGAAACAAUAAAUAGGAAAUCUCACACCCUUAAGGGGGGGAGCGAAAUGAAUGUUUUAUGCAACUAAAGCAACACAGCAAUCGAAAUCGAAAAUCCAAUGUCAAUCAACGUAACAGAACGACGCAACGAACUCGAAAACGCCCAGUUAACUAACCUAUACUUCGCUGUCCGCCAGGUAUCUACAGAUAUUUGUAAUACAGAGGGCGGGUAAGUAGUGCAGCGGCUUAGCAGGCGAAUUAAAUCGAAUUAGACGGGAAGCACACUGCACAACUUCGGGCAGCGACAAUUGACUAACACCACGGUGUUUGAUCACAAACCAGCGAGCACAUCGAAUGCAAUCAAAUUAAAUUGAGAAAAUCAUUGAAAAAACAAAAACAAUAUAUGCAUAUGUCGAUAAUAUGAAAGGAAAAUAUACAAAUUUGAAACAAGAAUAAUAAAAAUAGGCAACUAUCGUAAUUAAUAAGCCAAAACAAACAGCAGAAAAAACAAAAACGUCACAAUAACUGUCCGCCUCACAUCAGCACCUCCGCAGAGCCACUGACAAGCGCCGUCACGCAAAAUGACAUUUAAAUUAUUUCGCCGCGGCUCGGCGCGUUGCUUCGGUCUACUGUCCGCGUUCAUCACGAUCUUAAUCUGCCUCUACUACAUAUCCAUUGGCCAGCAACAAGACGAAGCGCUGCAGUCGGGCAAAGACACGACUGUUGCGCUGAGCAGCGGAUUCGGCAGCGUAGUGGCGACCAGUUUGAAUUCAGUGCCGCAGCAAAUGCACAAAGUGAAUGUGCAUAAUGCCAAAGUCAGAGGUAUGCGUGGCGAUGGCGAGGAGAAGAGUGGCGCGCAGAAAUCUGCGACUGGUAGUGGCGCCAGCGCAGCGCAGUUGUCGGCAGGCACAACAACCAUGGACGGCAGUGGCAAUGUCGAUGCGUAUAAUGGCGUCGACAUGACCGCAAAUGGCGCGCCCACCAAGAAUCCUGAUUGGGGUGAUGUUUGCUAUGUGAUGGAUGAGAGUGACACGAAUAUCACAACGAACGAGGAGUAUGGGAAAUUUGAUUUCCAGCCUGAAUGGAUUCACACAAAGGAAUAUUGGGAUCGUGGUUUUGAAGAACGAUUUGAGGCACAAAAGAAAGACUACAAACGACCGCCAUUGAAGAUCUUCGUCGUACCACAUUCGCACAAUGAUCCCGGUUGGCUGAAGACUUUCGUUAAUUAUUUCCAAUCUGAUUCGCGACAGAUACUUAAUUUGAUAGUAACAAAAAUGCAGGAGUACACCGACAUGACGUUCAUUUGGUCCGAGAUCAGCUUUCUACAACUGUGGUGGGAUCAAGCGCAUCCGACGAAACAGCGUGCUCUGAAAAAACUUAUCAAAUCGGGACGUUUCGAAAUCACAACCGGCGGUUGGGUGAUGACCGACGAAGCCAAUGUGCAUCUAUACGCCAUGUUAGAUCAGCUUAUUGAAGGACAUCAGUGGUUACGCAACAAUCUGAAUGUUACACCAACCGUCGGCUGGUCAAUCGAUCCCUUCGGGCAUGGCAGUACAGUGCCGUAUUUGCUGUCUGGCAGCAACUUCGAAGGCGCCAUAAUACAACGCAUACAUUAUGCCUGGAAACAGUGGUUUGCGCGUCAACAGAAGGGCGAUUUCAUGUGGACACCUUAUUGGCAGCAACGCGGCAAGGCACCAACGAAGCGUGGCAGGUUGUUAACACACAAUAUGCCCUUUGACAUAUACUCGAUUAAGGGUUCGUGUGGUCCACAUCCAUUUAUAUGCCUAAAUUUCGAUUUCCGUAAAAUACCAGGCGAGUAUACGGAAUAUUCGGUGAAGGCGCAAUUUAUAACCGAUGACAAUGUUGAAUCGAAAGCGCAAGUAUUGUUGGAACAAUAUUCACGUACUGCUUCGUUAUUUCCGCACAAUGUAGCGCUUAUACCAGUCGGUGAUGAUUUCCGUUACAAUAAGGAGCGCGAAGUGGAUCAGCAAUAUACGAAUUAUAAGAAAUUAAUCGAUCAUAUAAUGGCCAAUAAGCGUCUCUAUAAUGUUGACAUCUCUUUCGGCACACCACGUGACUACUUCAACGAAAUUCGUCGUCGCACCAGCUCCUUCCCAACGCUCAAAGGUGAUUUCUUUGUAUAUUCAGACAUCUUCUCCGAAGGACGGCCUGCCUACUGGUCCGGUUACUAUACCACACGUCCGUUCUAUAAGCUGCUUAGCGCCGAUUUAGAGCAUAAUCUGCGCUCUGCCGAAAUACUCUUCACCGUGGCUUACAAUACCGCACGACAGGUCCAUCAUGUGAAUGCCAUCAAGAUCUUCGAGAAGAAUUAUGAGAAAAUGAUACACGCACGUCGCAAUUUGGGACUCUUCCAACACCAUGAUGCCAUCACAGGCACAUCAAAAGCGGCGGUAAUGCGCGAUUACGGCAUGCGUCUGUUCGAAAGCAUACAAGAUGCGGUCAAGAUGCAAGAGUCUACUAUUGAAAUGUUGCUGCAAGCGGGCAGCGAGCGUCUUAAUUUCCUGCUGAGCGAAUUAGAGCGUGAUAACUUCAGUAAGCUGGCGCGCAAGACUCCCAUACCAAUCAGUGGUAAUGGUAUGGUUGAUGAAUUUGAUGACUUGAAUGCAAAUGCCGGCACAGCUUCGUUUGUCAUCUUCAAUUCGUUGGCGCAGAAACGUUUGGAAGUGAUUACGUUGCGUUCGCCAGUGCCGAAUGUUAAAGUGUUGAAUGAGCGCGGCGAGGAGAUACGCUUAAUGCAAAUCAAUCCAGUUUGGAAUAUAACCGAUGUUUAUGAGAUGGGGAUGGGUGCCGGUGUGGGUACUAAUAGCGCUAUGGGACGUAUACGUGUUUCUACACGUCAGUAUGAAAUCAUGUUUAUAGCCGAAUUGGAUGCGCUUUCACUUGCGACCUACAGCCUUGUGGUUGUAGAUGAAAAGAACUUUAGUCAACCGACAAUGGCGACUAUUUAUUGCGAUGGCUGCACAGAUGGGUCAACGCCGAACCCACCUAAUACCAGCACGAAUUUCGUGGUCAAAGCCAAGCCAUCAGGUGACAUACAACUCGAAAACAAUUUCAUGCGUCUGCUCUUCGAUGAGAAGACUGGUUUCCUCAAGACCGUUACGCGUAAGAGCGAUAAUGAGCAAGCGCUCAAGCCCAUGCAAUGCGCUAUAAAAUUCGCUGCCUAUCGCAGUGCACAGUUCCACUCAGGCGCCUAUCUCUUCAAAACCGAUCCCGAGCAAAAUGAAGCCGAAAAAGAUGUACUCGAUCAGUAUGAAGACGUGCGCAUUAUUAUUUCAUCGGGUCCGAUUGCUAGCGAUGUUACGGUUAUUUAUGGUCCAUUCUUGGCGCAUACAGUACGCAUUUUCAACACACAUACUCACCUAGAUGCAGCCAUGUAUAUUGAGAAUGAUGUUGAUUUUGAGCCGCCGCCAAAGAAUCGUGAAACUGAGCUAUUCAUGCGUUUCGUCACAGACGUAGAUAAUAUUAUAACAGUAAAACGUGAUGAUGUGCUAAAGGAGGCGGAUACUGUAGCGGAACUGCCGGUGUUCUAUAGUGAUCAAAAUGGUUUCCAAUACCACAAACGCAUUAAAGUGCCCGCAAUCGGCAUUGAAGGCAACUACUUCCCCAUCACAAGCGGUGCCUUCAUACAAGACGCGCGUCGCUUCACCCUACUGACCACACAUGCACAGGGUGCCGCCUCCUACGAACCGGGCCAAUUGGAAGUGAUGCUCGAUCGGCGCACACUUUACGACGAUUAUCGUGGCAUGGGCGAAGGCAUUGUGGACAGCCGCCUCACACGGCACAAAUUUUGGGUACUCAUCGAAGAUAUGCCAACGAAAAAUGAAAAUGCCUACCAAAUACCCAGUCUAUUGGCCAACCAGCUAGCGAACGGCCUACGUUAUCCACCGAACCUGUACUUUGUAGAGACAUUUGAUGCGCCAGCUGUACAACUGAAACCGAAAGUGGCAUUGCUCGAUCAUGGCGCGCUGCCAUGUGAUGUACAUCUGUUAAAUUUGCGCGCGCUUUCCGAAGAGCAGCUGCAGCUCUUCCCAUCGACAUCGGCUUUGAUGGUGCUGCAGCGUCAAGGUUAUGAUUGUGCCAUUGGUCAAAAUAUCGAUAUAACGCGUGUGUGUGCUGCAUCGGCAAGCGGUCUGGGUCCGGUGGGUUUCAAUAAAUUGCAUAUUGCGCGUUUGGAGACGACGAGUUUGACCGGCACGCUGCAUGAGAGCGAACGCAAGCGACUGAAAUCGUUUGCAGAGAUCACACUGGAUCCCAUGGAAAUGCGCACUUUUAAUGUGACGUUCAAAUUUUAAAUUACAAAUUAGUUAAUUUAUCUAUUUAUUAUUAUUAUUUUUUUUUUUGUGAAAAAUUCCUUUAAAAUUUAAGUUGUGUGAUUUUAGUGAUAAUUUUAAGGCGACUUUUCGGCAGAAUUCGUAUUUCGUAUUUUAUUUUUUUUUUUCGUUUUUCUCUAGGUUCAUGAUAUAAUGUGGUAACUGUUAUUUAUAUAUUUUAUUUUAGAAUGUAUUUAUUAAAAUUUACAUUUAACCGCGAUAAUAUUUCUGCAGGAAGCCUCACGCAAUUGACAUUUCCACUCAACUUUGAAUACAAAACUGCCUUUGACAUUUCCCUACUUAUAACAAAACAAGCAAAAACAACAACUAGGUUUCAGAAGCACAUUUAUUGCAUUGUAUUGCUAAUAAAAUUAAAUAAAUUUCAGAAACUAAAAUAUAAAAAUGUCAAACAAAAAGUGUUUGUCAAUUUUUCUUUAAGAAAUUAUUUACUUUCCUUAGUAAUACAAUGCGAUUUCAUAGUACUUUGUUACCCUUUUAAACACUCGCAACCACUAUAGUACAGUUAAAGCAAAAACCAUUCCAGCAGCUAUAAUAUAUUUCAACUAUUUAAUUUCUCAAAUACGCUUACAAUAGUUUAGUGAAAUAUUUUAGCAAUAGAAAGGAUAAUUUUCUUACUUACACAAACAACAAAAUUUUUUGUUCAUUAUUAUGUACUAAAUGUUUUUUAAAACCAAAAACUGUUAAAUGAAAGCUUAAUCGAGCUUUAUUGAUUACUGUAGCAAUAUUUUUUUUGCUAACUUGUACACAGCUACCUGUUAAACGGUCCCUCGCCACUUUCGUCUUUUGUCGAAGACACCAGUAUUUUUGCAUUACUUUCAAAUAAAUAGUUUAAUUGUAAUAUUAUAUGAUAAAUAGCGUUUAUUACCAGCUGAUAUUCAUUUUGCGAACUCAUUGCUUUCAAACAUUUAUGUUUAGCAUUAUAAUUUCUUAUAUUAUAUACAAUAUGCUAAGUCAUGCGGGGUUCACUUUUUCCUUCAAGCGCAGGCUAUUUUUAUUUCACUUACUCAGGCAGCUCUUAGUUUUCAUAUAUUUGGAAAAAGUAAGCAGCAUUUCAGCAUUAAAGACAAGAUUUGAAUGUAAAAAACAAAAUCGGUUUUAAAUAACGGUAAAUUAUAUGCAACACAUGCGAAUAUAAAACAAAAAUACCAAACACUUAAUAGUUAAUUUUAGUGAAAUGCACGCCAUGCACCCUAGUUAAGUUAAGCAGUUAAUAAUGUUUAGGCAUAAGGCAAGAAAACAUGCUAAGACACCAUACUUAGUAAGUAUUUAUGAAGGUGAUGGAAUGUAAUGGAAUGUAAUCAUGCAUUGACAACUGAUUGUUGCUCCUUUUCGUUUACUUGUCAUUACGGCUUUGAAAUUUACUUAAAUACAAGUACAUUUGCAGUUUAACUUGAAAACAUUUUCAACCAAACAAAUAAAAAAACAUUCAAUAACAGUUCUUGAAGCCAGUGACGCGAGCUUAUUAAUGCUAAAAUGUCGUUACUUUGCAGUAAUAAUUGAGUAGUCGAAAUUUGGACGCAACAGUUGAAUGUGUGGAAAUAGUCUGAUAUUAGCUAUCGAAUAUGAGUGUGUAUACAAUAAGCUUAGAUUUUUAUAUAGCUACAAAUUGAUUUAAGCGUUUUUCUCAUUAGCGAAUUUAAAAAGUUGUGGCGAAUAUUUGGCAACGAUUUUAAUGAAAAAAAA